AUGGUACAUCUUCCAAAAUCGUUUUUAGGUUUCUUCCCGCUGUAUCUGGGCGUUGAAAUAGCGCUUGGUAUCACCAUUCUCAACAAAUGCAGCGGAGUGUACGGUAUUUUGGGCCUGAUCACAGGCCAUAAUCUGGACUUCAUGCAGUGGCUGUUGUAUAUAACGUCAAUUCUACAGCUGGUGAUGUAUUCGAAGGUGCUGAAGCAUAUCUAUAAUCCACAAGUGCUGCUAUUUUCGCUGGCUCUAGUGGUGUACUGUUUAGACACACUGCUCACCUGUUUCUUCACAUUGUGGUUUAGCGGACAGUGGUUCUCGGCCAAGAACCGCGAGUUUGACAACCCAAACUCGCAAACACACCAGUCCGCUAACCCAGGGUCGUCGUCGAAGUUGAGAUUACGGGGCGACUCAUUGACCUCUCAGAGCGCAUCUCAAAGCACCGAGUUUUUUUUCACCAUUCUACUAACAUUGCUGGCACUAGCGUCCAGAUUCUACUUCAAUUCUAUUCUACUAGCCUUCGUUCAAGGCCUGAUCCGGCAUCCUAAAUACUCAUUGGAUAUCGACGAUGUUGAACAAGACUUGAAGAACCAAAACUGGCUGAUCAGAAAUUGGAAAAAAGCUCAAUACAUCAGCUACAAGUGGUGUCGUCAUUAUCUUGCAUAG